AUGCUGCGUUUCCUGGUGUUCGCUACCCUGGUCCUUUAUGGACACGGCGCAGAGGAUGUUCCCGAAACCAACACCCGAGUGGUUGGCGGGACCGAGGCUCGGAGGAACUCCUGGCCCUCUCAGAUUUCCCUGCAGUACCAGUCCGGAGGUAACUGGUACCACACCUGUGGAGGAACCCUCAUCAGACAGAACUGGGUGAUGACAGCUGCUCACUGCGUGGACACCAAAAUGACCUUCCGUGUGGUGGUGGGAGACCACAACCUGAGCCAGAACGACGGCACCGAGCAGUACGUGAGCGUGCAGAAGAUUGUGGUGCACCCCUACUGGAACACCAACAACGUGGCUGCCGGUUAUGACAUCGCCCUGCUGCGCCUGGCCAAGAGUGUUAGCCUCAACAGCAACGUCCAGCUGGGAGUCCUGCCCAAGGAGGGAACCAUCCUGCCCAACAACAGCCCCUGCUACAUCACAGGCUGGGGCAGGACCAGAACCAACGGCCAGCUGGCACAGACCCUGCAGCAGGCAUACCUGCCCUCCGUGGACUAUGCCACCUGCUCUAGCUCUUCCUACUGGGGCUCCACCGUGAAGAACACCAUGGUGUGCGCUGGUGGGGACGGAGUUCGCUCCGGAUGCCAGGGUGACUCUGGCGGCCCUCUCCACUGCCUGGUGAAUGGACAGUACACUGUCCAUGGCGUGACCAGCUUUGUGUCCAGCAUGGGCUGCAACGUCUCCAGGAAGCCCACUGUCUUCACCCGUGUCUCUGCUUACAUCACUUGGAUGAACAAUGUCAUCGCCUACAACUGAACAUUUUCCUGAGAACAGCAGUGGUCUUCCCAGGAGGAUUUCAGACCCGCAGCAGGAUUUGGAACCAUCAAGGAAAAACCAUUUCUAAGAGGCCACUGUGGCAGACACAGAAAAUAAA